CGAGAAGUUGUUCAUCUUGGACUCGGUCUGUUUGUUUCGUAACUAAACUGACUGACUUGUUGAAUUGAGUGACUGGAAAUGUGAAACACUUGAAGAUGCUGAUCUGGUCAUGGGCAGGACAAUACUGUAGACCAUCUAGUACUACAGGUCAUCAGAUGGGUCCGUUGGCUGCAGGUCGGCGGCUGGUCGCCUGCUUGCUGAACAUCUCGGAGGCACGGAACAGAGACGCUGUGGAGAAAGUGGCCAGGGCAGCCGCACGUAAACGGCACGGAGGUUGGCGUGAAGGGACGUCCGUGCUCAACAUUUUCAGUGACCGUGACUACAACCGCUCAGUCAUUACCAUCUCAGCCAGUGUGGAGAGCGUCGAGACUCUGCCGGCUGUCGCAGGGGAGGCCGUGCUGUCGGCCUGCGAAGAAGCCUGUCGGCUCGUUGACGUGCGUAACCACAUAGGAGUCCACCCUUGCUUGGGUGCCGUUGACCUGAUACCUCUGUAUCCCUUGGGGGAGGAUGUGGGACUGGAGGAGUGUGGUAUUGAGGCGAGAGUACUGGCUGCCAGACUGACUGAACUUGUGCCUGGUACCGCUGCCUUUUACUUUGGUUCCGCUGAUAUGCCCCUGCACCGCGGCCUGGCACAGCGGCGCAAGGAGAUAGGCUGGUUCCGAAAAACAACAGAUCUCUCCUGCACUCAGCCGGAUGUUGGAGGGAGACCGCAGAGCAGAUAUGGCCUGACAGGGGUAGGAGCCAGCCCUUAUGUGAUGAACUGCAACGUGACCAUUACUACUGAGGACCUGAGCAUCGGCCGCAAAGUAGCUUCUGGCCUACGUGAAUCCACCCCGGGGGGACUGCCGGGUGUGCAGGUGCUUGCCCUGCCACACAAGGGUGCCGUGGAAAUCGCCUGCAAUGUCGAGAGCGUACAGGGAGCCCCACCAGCAGAGCACUGGCCAUCAUUUAGUGUAGGGGGAAGCACGUACUACCACAUUCCUGCAUCGCUGAUCUCCACCCGUGUUGCAGAGCUUGCGGGUCAACAUGGUGUGGAUAUGGAGGGUGCCUUGCUGGUGGGGUUUACUCCCCAAGAGUGCAGGUUACUGGCAGAGCAUGCCAUUUCUCAGGGUAUUGGAGAAUACUGGAGAGAGCAGCAUGGUGCCCGUAUGUAACUAAUCAGCCCACCUAUUUCAGGAUAUUCAACUGAGCAGCUACUUUGUCACCCAAAAUGUACUAAUUUAGUAAUUUUUCCAGGAAGUGCCAGUUGUUGCAUGAUCCUCUCACACCUUGCAGUUGUAGCACUUAAGGGGCUCAGGGCUCAUCACAACUUAACACUUGCAGCAACUCCCUUUACGGCAUGAAUGGUGUUUGCCAUCAUAGUCACGCAAGGGCUUAUGCUAGGGCCAUUGAUUCAGUUUUUUGUGUACAUUUAAUUGCAAUAGACUGUUUAAAAUUCAGUGUUGGCUGGAGAAGUCUUCUGACUUUGGUCAGGUGCAAAGCUGUUCCUCUAUCAAAAGUCAGUCAAAAAAAAUUACAAUUGUCUCUGUGCUGUUC